UCCAUAAAGACUCGAUCUUUGGUUUUUACGAGUGAGUGGUUAGACUAUAUAUUACUGUAUAGCCUACAGUGUGUACAUACUGUACUGUAUAAGACCAUGCGAGCCCUGAGCAUUAUAAUAUUCGGUUUAGUUUCCGCGUCUUGCGGCUGGAUCCUGACCCUGACGAGUACAGUGGCACCAAACUGGCGCACCAUCCACAACAUCACUGGACAGCCCUCGGAUUUAAUGUUACACCAGGGCAUCUGGGAUAUCUGCAGGUCCUUUACAGGAUCCAGGGACGUCCUGUGCAACCAUGAGGACAGCGAAUACUUUAAUAAUCAGAUCAUCGAGGUCGCGCGCAGGAUGAUGGUGGCAUCUCUGAUCGUGACUCUAAUCGGUCUUGGCUUGAUGACAGUCGGAACCACCUGCUGGACCGACAAACCGAGAAUAAAGCUGGCUGGUCUCGGUAGUUUUCUCAUCUUAUGUUCCGGGGUUCUGGCAAUCAUCCCUAUCGCCUGGUACAACCACAUCCUGAAGGACAUCAACUCUCCAUCUACCGACAUCCGUACUGGAUACUGCAUCAUACUGGGCUACAUAGGAGGACUAACAGAGUUUCUCGAGGGAUUUGUGAUAUUUAUUUUGUUAUACCGAUGUUCUGGAGGAAGAAAUCGGGGAGAGAGACCUGAGUUAAAUAUUGAACCAAAGGACAUGACCACCGCGCCGAGCACCAGUGUGACCCGGAGCCGCGCGAGCAGCGUCCCGUCGCACAUUGAGAAACAAGACAUCAACUUCCGGCGAGACAACAGACCAAACAAAAUAUCACUGACCCUGUAGAAGUAGUCUUCAACUCAGCUGUUUUUUUGGUUUUUGACAUAAAAUACGAGGGUUGUUUAGUCGUUUAGUUAUUUACUAAUUUAGUUACUGAGUUAGUUAUUUAGUACAAGAAUUUCUGAAAGCAUCCUUAGAUGAGUGAAGUGUCUACCAUUAAGACAGACAAGGCUGUGUCACUUGUCGCCAGGGAGGGGAAAAUAAGAAAAGCCACUUGGGCCCUUCAGUCUGGUAAAUCCAUGUGAUGUUCUAUAGCUUUUGUAAUAGACUGUAACUUAAAGCGUGGCCUUUUCUUUCUUUCUUUCUUUCUUUCUUUCUUUCUUUCUUUCUUUCUUUCUUUCUUUCUUUCUUUCUAAUUAUUAUUACUCCUAAUUUGUCCUACUUCUCUAAGCCAACAGAACAAUACAAGUAGGCAUAUUCUUAGAAAUGACAGGAAUGUUGAGGGCUAUAUUUGUGAUCAGGUUUAAUUAACAAGAAACCUUUUUAUCCUCAUAAUUUUGACAAUACUAUGUUUUCGUUGUGUUGAAAUGCAUCAGUCACAUUUUCUUAUCAUGAACAAUUUUGGGGAAUAUGGAUGUUAUCUUUUACUUUCAGAUUUGGCAUCACACGCAUCUCACAUUCUCAGAAAUAAAGGCACCAUUCCAAUAUGUUACUAGUACCUUUAGUAGGCUAUGUAUCUUUCAUUAGGAAAUCUGAAUAAUAAAAAAUAUAACUGAAGGUACAUAAUUUGACCAUAAGGACUUCUCUGAAUGCCACCAUAUGUACCUUCUCAGGUGAAAGAUACAUAAUAAAGGACUUUUAUAUCUGACAGUGCAGCCGGACAACACCUUCUAGGCUCACCAAUCACAUAAGGAUUUACUGUAUAUACAAACAGAGUAGUGUUCA